AUGUAUUACAAUUUUAUCGUCUUAUUUUUCUUCAAUAAUUUAAAAUUUGAUAUUAAAGGCAUUCGGAUUUCUAUUUUUUGCGUCAUUUACUGCCAUUGUUCUUUAAUUUUAGUUUUCGCAAUUAUUUCCACAAUUAACACAUAAACAGUUUUCAUUACAAAUUCUACUUAAUAGAAAACACUCGCAAUAUAAUUUUAAACAUUUAGAUUUUCUACAUUUACAAAAUUAAACAUUUCUUUAAUAUUAUUCUUGGUUAUUUUCUUUUUAUUCAGUAUAUAUUUUUUCACUACUUUAAUUUUAGUUUAAAUUAUUUUAUUCUUCUGAUAUUUCUUUUUUAUCUUGUUUUUAAGUUAAAGAAGACUUUAUAACAUUACUCUUUUUUAUUAAUAAUUUAUUCGGCAAAGAAUUUAGGGUUUAUAUGGGCUGCUUUUUUUAUUUAUU